GUAAUUUCAGAGCAGUGUUUUUUCUGUUUGUAGUCAAAACUUAAUAACAUGCAGGUGAAUAGUACAGUUACUCCUGCAACUCCUUCUGUGAAAGAGCUAGAGAAGGUUUUGUAUGGAGGCAAACGAUUCGGAAACCAUGUGGAUGAAGUUUGGCCAAAUCUCUUCAUUGGGGACAUGUCAGUGGCUAAUGACCGCUACUCUCUGUGGAAGCUGCGGAUCACUCAUGUUGUGAACGCAGCUCAUGGGAGGAUGCACUGUCAGGGGAGUCAGGACUUCUAUGGACCUACUGUGGAUUACUACGGAGUCCCUGCAGACGACUCGCCGUCUUUCAACCUCUCUCGCUAUUUCUUUCCUUCUGCUGAGUACAUUCAAAACGCACUUGACACAAACUGUGCUCGAGUUUUAGUCCACUGUGCAGUCGGAGUGAGCAGGUCUGCCUCCCUGGUCCUGGCCUACCUGAUGAUCCACCACCGCUAUAACCUGCUAGAAGCCAUCAAUAAGGUUAAAGAGCACAGGUGGAUUUUCCCAAACAGAGGAUUCCUCAAACAGCUUCGGGCUUUAGAUAUGAGACUGCAACAGACUUCACAUCAAGAAUGAGCUGAUAGUCUAACUCACAGAACCUUAAAGGACAGUUUUCAUGAAGAAGAAUGAUGGAGUGCUCUCCUGCCAGCGGAGGGAGACACAGUGCUUUGAGAUUCUACGGUUUGUUUAAAGAAUGGUGUUGGAUCACAUGUAUUUCCUCUCUCUCUCUCUCCCUUUCUCCCUCAUUCUCUCAUUCUGAUGCUGUUUGAUGUGAAUCAUGCAGCCUCAUGCUCACAGAAGAGAAUCAGAGGAUCACUGCGGUGACCUCAGCUUUCUUUAAACAUCAGUUUAAACAGCAAAAAUAAGAUGAAAUUACCUGUUUCACCUCAUGUUGCAGAACAAUUUUACCCAGAAUG